AUGAGAAUACUGAGUGUACCGAUAAUUGUGUCGGUUUUAUUGGCAAGUAUUCUUUCGAACGUGAAUGCUUACAAAUCCUAUUCGAAACAUGAAUUAUGGCGUGUUCGGAUUGCACAUCUCCAUGGAAUUAACUUUUGGUCCGAAGAAUUUCGUAUGAACAUUCCAAUCAUUGUUAGUGUUCCACCUGAAUCCGUUGAAGACUUUGCCGAAUAUCUAUUAUCAUCUGAUAGUAAGAUCGAAUAUGAUAUCAUGAUGAAUGACAUCGGCGCAGUUAUCGAACAACAAAAAUUGACACAUAAGAUACGACCAUCGGCAAUGACUGCUGAUGAUUUUGCUUAUGAUAAAUAUCACACAAUUGAUGAAAUUCAUGCAUGGAUUGAUAAAAUGGUUCAAACAUAUCCAACAUUAGCAUCGACAUUCACCGUUGGUCAAUCAUAUGAAAAACGAGAUAUGAAAGGUUUGAAAAUUUCAUCAAGCAAACUCGCCAGAAAACGUGACGGAACACCAGUCAACCAGAAAAAAGCCGUAUGGUGGGACGGAGGUAUUCAUGCUCGAGAAUGGAUUAGUCCAGCGACAAACAUCUUCAUUGCUCAUGCACUUCUAUCGAAUUAUAGCAAAGAUCCGAAUAUCACACAUUUGGUUGAUCAAUUUGAUUAUUAUAUUUUACCGGUGUUCAAUGUUGAUGGUUAUGCUUAUACAUGGACAAAAGAUCGUUUAUGGCGUAAGACUCGUAGCAAAACAAGCAUUCCACUUUGUUACGGUGCUGAUCCGAAUCGUAAUUGGGAUUAUAAAUGGUGUGAAGGUGGUGCUUCACGUGAUCCAUGUUCAGAUACAUAUUGCGGUCAUAAAGCAUUUUCCGAAGUUGAAACUACACAAGUUUCUCAAUUUAUCGGUGCUCAUAAUGAUACAAUUGUACAUUACAUUAACUUUCAUUCGUUUUCACAAUUAUGGAUGACGCCAUGGGGCUACACGACUAAAAAACCAGAUCAAUUCAAAUUACAAGAUGAUGGUUCAGCAGCAGCAGUAGAUGCUCUCACUGCUGUUUAUGGUACCAAAUAUGUGCAUGGCAAUAUCGGUGCCACUAUCUAUAUUGCAUCAGGCAAUACAGUCGAUUGGACAUCUGGCACAGCUAAUGUAACAUUCAGUUAUGCUGUUGAACUUCGUGAUACUGGUGAAUAUGGAUUUCUCUUACCAGAAGAUCAAAUUAUUCCAACUGGCCAAGAGACAUUAGCUGGUGAAAUGGCUCUGUUGAAGUAUAUUGAAGGACAUGUUUAUGGAUAA